CACAUCUCGUCCAGGGAGGUCACAUGGCUUCUCUCCGGCAGGUGAGGGAGAUGCGGGCUCAAACACCUGCUGGACUCCACGCAGCACUUUCCAUGUAAAUGACCCGUCCCAGCUCUUCCCUCCCCACUCCCACACCUGCUCCCGGCAGACUCACUUGGGACUCGGGGACACGGCCGCCCACGGACACCUCCACUGGGGCUCCUGAGUGGUUCUGGCACCGGUCAUGGUCUGGAGGAGGGUCGUGGUGCUCGGCGGUUUACUGCUGCUUCAAUGCGGGGACGGACGCAGGAUGCCGCCGCCGCCGCCGUCGACGCCUCAUGGCGGGGCUCGGUUGGACGCGGCGCGGAGUCACGUCCGGAGGGACGCCGGCACUUCCAGGGCUCCCAGCGGGGCUUCCUUCGACUCUUGCCGGGUCAACCUGACGCCUGCGGAGCAUGAAGUUCUGGAUGACAACACACAUGAGACUGGUUUUAAUGGUGACGAUGGCUCUUACGUCAUCCUCACAUGGGUGGGCGAUGGCACAGGGGUCAUCCUGGUGUUGUCCACCAUCAACACCCCCUUAGACACGUUCCUGGAAGGCGGUUCGUCUCGACUGUACAGAAGUACGGAUUACGGAAAGUCCUUCCACGACAUCUCUCAAAGCAUCAACCACACCUUCAUCAAAGAGGAGUUUGGCGUCAGCGUGGGGCCGGGAAGUUCUGUGAUACUGACAGCAGACACCCCAGUGGUGGACCACCCAGGAGGCAUCAUCUUCACCUCCAAUGACGCUGGCGCCACCUUCCGCUUCACCCAGCUUCCCUUCCACCUGGCACAGCCCAUCACCUACCACUUCCUCAACCCGGACUACCUGGUGGCGCUCAGCAUCGACGGCGGUCUGUGGCUCUCUGUGGACUUUGGCGCCAAGUGGACCAAAGUGCAUGAUGGAGUGCAUUCUUUCUCAUGGGGUGCUGGCAUCAAUUUGUUCUUCAGCUGCAGUAAAGCAGACACAAUGGAUGCAGAGGAGCGAGGAGACUUACAGCUAAAGAGGACAAAGGACCUGGGGAAGACCUUCACCAUCAUCCACGAGGACGUCUUCAGUUUUGGAUACAUCGGAGCCUUUCUUUUCUUCUCGGUCAUGGAAGACACGCGAUCGCCCAGAGUCAUGUACUUUUCUUCCGACCAAGGAGACACUUUUAGUCAAGCGCUACUGCCUUCCGCCUCCACUGAGCAGUUUUACUCCAUCUUGGACGGCGAUGAGGACAUGCUGUUCAUGCAUGUGGACAAUCCAGGAGACACCUACUUUGGAACCAUGUACACGUCGGACGACCGCGGCAUCCUGUUCUCCAAAUCCCUGGAGCGCCACCUGUUUGAUGGGCAGAGGAAGAGCGAUUUCCGGAACGUCACGUCGCUGCGAGGAGUCUACCUCACCAACAGACUGGACAAAGACGGACGAAUACGAUCGGUCAUCUCCUUCAAUCGCGGCGGAACAUGGCAGCAGCUUUCCAAACCUCAGAAUGUCAAAUGUGGGCAAGAAGUCAAGAAUUGCAAGCUGCAUAUUCACGGAGAACACAGUCGCAUCAAUCACAUCGUUCCCAUGCUCCUCAUGUCGGAGCCCACCGCCAUCGGUCUGGUCAUCGCCCACGGUACCGUGGGGGAUUGCCUGUCGUCCUCGCAGCACCCGGAUGUGUUUGUGUCGUCAGACGGGGGCUAUAGCUGGCGGGGGACUUUAAGGGGUCCUCAUCACUACAGCAUUCUGGACUCAGGCGGUCUGGUGGUGGCUGUGGAGGCUCGGCGUGAAGGACAAGUGAAGACCAUCAAGUUCUCCACAGACGAGGGUCAGUGCUGGAAGUCGUACAAUUUCACCGAGCAGCCCUUCUUCUUCGCGGGCCUGUCGUCCGAGCCGGGCACCAAGGCCCUGAGCGUCAGCGUGUGGGGCUUCCGUCCCGAAGACGACGGCCAGCCCAUGUGGGUUGCCGUAACCAUCGACUUCCAGAGCCUCGUCACGAGAGAGUGCGAUGAGCGGGAUUAUGAAGACUGGUUGGCUCAUGCGACACAGGGAGGAGCUUCAAGGAGCGACGGCUGCGUCCUGGGCAUCAAGGAGACGUACAAGAGGCGGAAGAAAGAAUCGGUUUGCAGGAAUGGUCGCGCUUUUGUCUUAAGGAAGAAGGAAAGUCCCUGUUUGUGCACCAGGGACGAUUUCUUGUGCGACUACGGCUAUUAUCGCCAUGACAACACUUCUGAGUGUGUGCGACAGCCCGACGCUCACAACAAAACCUUGGAGACCUGCCUGGACGGACAGGAGGACGAGCUCUUCACGGCGGGGUAUCGGAAAGUCCCAAGCGACAGAUGCGAAGGAGGGUUUUCGCCUCAACUGGCAGUCCAGACCGUCAUAAGACCCUGCGGCAUCAAGCCCACCUCUAAUUCACCACCUGCGAGCUCCCCCUUGCCAGUUACCCAUUUUGACACACCUCGAGAGAGGAUGGUACUGAUACUGGUGUGCAGCGGCGCAGGCGUCAUCGUGUUGGCAGCAGUCGUCUUCGCGUUCGUAGCCGUCAAGAGAGGAGUCUACAGGAACAGGGCACCAGAGUAUCGCUUCUCCAAUCUCCAGGGGCAAGAGGAUCGUAACGGUGUCACAGGGGACCUUGAAAGCGCCACAAGCAGCAAUGGAACGCCCUGUCCACCGGACUCGGACAAUCAGAAUCUUCUGCAGUGAAGCACACCUUUUGGGCUGUUACCAGUGCUGUGCUGAAUGGAGGGAUCUGUGAAUCUGGAAGUAGGGCUGCACAAUUGAUGGAAUUUAAACACAAUUUUGGCUGCCAUGAUUAAAGGAGGGUGAUCUUCUGCAAUAUUAACAUUUAAAAAGCAGGCUUCCUACUGCAUAUCAAAUCAAGCACUUUCACAGCCCGCAGAGGCAGGAAAGCAACAGCGGCUCGUCUUGAGGACCCGUGAAAAUGGCUCCGCCCACGCCAGAGGCCAUUGCGGAUGCACACUUAGCUUUUUGACGACGCCAGCAAGAAUUAACCAACCUUCACUUUUCACGUUUCAAUUCCGUGGAGUCUAACGUGGCGUGCGUUAGAGACCGCUUCGCUCUUAAUAGAUGGCGACAGGUAUGGACGCCUGCACAACACGCUGCUCUACUUGUCUGCCUGAGUUGCACUUGCAGGACUAACAGCGAGCCCCCACCGGCAUCUGCACAUGUGUUUGAAUGCGGAAACGUAAUUGCACAUUGAGGGACUACUCAUUCACGUGAGUACAGCCGAUACGUUAAAGGCUGUAUUAUUGUAUUUUGUCAUUUAACAUACAAGUUUCUCACUACAAACAAUGUUAUGUUUAGGUAAAGCGGGAAUGUCCAAAUGAUGACGCAUGGGCCAACCAUGGAUCAUAGCUGGUUUUUUUUUUAAUUGCCCCGUACAUUAAAAAGAUACAUUUGAUCAUGAGAAAAGAGGAUGUAUUUCAUCCAUCCAUUUUCUAACGCUUGUCCCUUUCGGGGUCGCUGGAGCCUAAGCUGCAUAAUAAUACAAAUUAUGAACAAAAAAUACAAAUGUGUCUUUAAAUAUUCGGGAUCUGGUUUUUUUAGCCUUUUUAUUGGACUAUUAAAUCUACUGACUUUAUUAAAUCCUCCCGGGCCCCUCGCAACACUGUGCUUUACCUAACAUAAUGAAUUAUCAUGAUUAAUAUACCUGAUUUCAAUGUUGAUUAAAAACAUAAUCAUGAUUAUUAAUUUGGCCAUAAUCGUGCAGCCCUAUCUGAAAGACAGCCAUGGGAAAAAUACAAUAUCUUUAUUUAUUGAGAUACUUUCAAUGUUUUGCUUUAUUGGCUUUGAAAACCCCUUGAUUUGUACAAUAUUUGUAUUUUAAUAUUAAAAAGAAGUGAUGCUACUCUGCUUUUUAAUUGUUUUUUGUAUAAAUAAAUGGCUUAUAAUGUAUUUAAUUAUAAUAGCGUGGAAGUAAAGAUACCUAAAAAAUUGCAUUUAUAGGGCAGUGUUUUUCAACCUUUUUUGAGCCAAGGCACAUAUUUUGCGUUGAAAAAAUCCGGAGGCACACCACCAGCAGGAAUCGUUAAAAAACGAAACUCAGUUGACAGUAAAAAGUUGUUGUCGCAAUUGUCGGAUAUGAAUUCAAACCAUAACCAUAACCAACCAUGCAUCACUAUAGCACUUGUCUCAAAGUAGGUCUACUGUCACGACCUGUCACAUCCCGCCGUGACUUAUUUUGAGUUUUUCUGUGUUUUCCUGUGUGUGGUGUUUUAGUUCUUGUCUUGCGCUCCUAUUUUGGUGUUGAUUGUCAUGUCAUGCACGGAUGUACUUUGUGGACGCCAUCUGCUCCACACGCAGUAAGUCUUUGCUGUCGUCCAGCAUUCUGUUUUUGUUUACUUUGUAGCCAGUUCAGUUGUAGUUUCGUUCUGCAUAGCUUUCCCUAAGCUUCAAUGCCUUUUCUUAGAGGGACUCACCUUUUGUUUAUUUUUGGUUUAAGCAUUAGAUACCUUUUUACCUGCACACUGCCUCCCGCUGUUUCCGACAUCUACAAAGCAAUUAGCUACCGGCUGCCACCAUAUGAAAGAGUAUUACACGGUUACUCCGCCGAGCUCUAGGCAACACCGACACUCAACAACAACACAUAAUUUGCGGACUAUAAUUACCGUAUUUUUCGGAGUAUAAAUCGCUCCGGAGUAUAAGUCGCACCGGUCGAAAAUGCAUAAUAAAGAAGGAAAAAAACAAAUAUAAGUCGCACUGGAGUAUAAGUCGCAUUUUUUGGGGAAAUUUAUUUGAUAAAACCCAACACCAAGAAUAGACAUUUGAAAGGCAAUUUAAAAUAAAUAAAUAAUAGUGAACAACAGGCUGAAUAAGUGUAUGUUAUAUGAUGCAUAAAUAACCAACUGAGAACGUGCCUGGUAUGUUAACGUAACAUAUUAUGGUAAGAGUCAUUCAAAUAACUAUAACAUAUAGAACAUGCUAUACGUUUACCAAACAAUCUGUCACUCCUAAUCGCUAAAUCCGAUGAAAUCUUAUACUUACUUACUUAUACUUAUACUUAUGUGAAUGAGCUAAAUAAUAUUAUUUGAUAUUUUACGGUAAUGUGUUAAUAAUUUCACACAUAAGUCGCUCCAGAGUAUAAAUCGCACCCCCGGCCAAACUAUGAAAAAAAACUGCGACUUAUAGUCCGAAAAAUACAGUACUGGUUUGCAAAAAAUAUUUUU